AUGGCCGAUGCUGGCCGCUUCCUGGCGGCUUUCAUCGCCGCUGGUCCCGGUGAUGGUGGAGGUCGUGAUAAUUUGUCGGUUGAGUUUGCACUCAAAAUACUCUCUGCGCAGGGCGUAGAUAAACGUAAAAUGAAACCGAUGCCAUCAGAAUCACCAGAAGAUCCUAUGCCACCUUCACAAUCGAUGCCUGCCACCGUCACUGUCACCAAAACCUUAAUAUCGACACAAGUUCCAGUCUCUGCUUCAACAACGGUAGUGUCCCCCACAUCAACACCACCAUCAGCAACCGAAACACCAGUUCAAAAUGCUGAUCCAAAUUCAACUCAAACCUCACCAGCCGACCCAAAUUCAACACAAACCGUACCAGCUGCUCCAGAUUCAGCACAAACCGCACCAGCUCAAAACUCUGAUUCAAGUGAUGUACCCGAAAUUAUAAAUUCCUCAGUUUAUGAAAACCUUGAAAACAUUUUAACCAAUAAAGAUGGUAAAACACCUUUAUAUAAAAGAUUUAGAGCAAUCUUUACUUUAAGAAACAUCGCAGAUGAAAAAAGUAUCGAUAUACUUUCAAAGGCUUUUUUCGGUGAUGAUUCAACCUUGUUGAAGCAUGAGCUUGCUUAUGUUUUGGGACAAAUCAAAAAUCCCUAUGCUAUUCCAAUUCUUUGUAAAGUUUUGACUAAUAAAAAUGAAGAUCCAAUGGUUAGACAUGAGGCUGCAGAGGCUCUUGGUGCAAUUGGGGAUUUGUCAUCCAUGGAGGUUUUGCAAAAAUAUUUAAAUGAUGAACAAGUUGUUGUUCGUGAAACUUGUGAGUUGGCUAUUGAAAAGAUCAAAUUCGAGAAUAGUAAUGAUAACGAUAUUUCAAAUAGUAUAUAUAAAUCAAUUGAUCCUGCUCCACCAAACACAAAAAUUAAAUCAGCCUCAGAACUUGGUAAGAUCCUAAUGGAUACAAAUUUACCAUUAUUUGAAAGAUACAAGGCCAUGUUUACAUUAAGAGAUCUAGGCACCACCGAAUCAGUUCUAGAACUUGCCAAGGGAUUAGAAGAUCAAUCAUCAGCAUUGUUUAGACAUGAAAUAGCUUUUGUAUUUGGGCAAAUGCAAAAUCCAGCAAGUGUAACUGCGUUAAAAAAAGCUUUGGAAAAUGUAAAUGAACUAGAUAUGGUUAGACAUGAGGCAGCAGAAGCCUUGGGAUCAAUCGCUACACCAGAGUGCCUACCAAUAUUAAAAAAAUUUAAAGAGGAUCAAGAAAGGGUUGUCAAAGAAAGUUGUGAAGUGGCAUUGGAUAUGUAUGAAUAUGAGAUUUCUCAAGAAUUACAAGAAGAUUUAUAA